AGCUCGGAACACAGCCCUGAAGGAGACAGAUCUCCAGCAGACCCUCAUUCAGAAAAUCUAGAAAAUAGCCGAAUAAAGGAACAAGCUCAUCUUAUCUAGAGAAUAAUUCCAAAAGCGCCCAUAACAACUCCUGCACAGAAAGAAAGAUGAAUAAGAAAGACCUACACGGACCCAGAGACGACUUUAGAGAUGUCACUUUCUUAUCAGAAGAAAAAGUGUAUGAAAUUCUGGAAUUGUGUAGAGAAAAAGAAGACUACUCUCCUUUAAUUCGAGUAAUCGGGAGAGUUUUUUCUAGUGCAGAAGCUUUGGUUCAAAGUUUCCGAAAAGCAAAACACCAUACAAAAGAAGAGCUAAAAUCCUUGCAAGAAAAGGAUGAAGAUAAGGAUGAAGAUGAAAAGGAAAAAGCUGCAUCAUCUGCUGCUGCAAUGGAAGAAGAUUCUGGAGCAUCAUCCUCAAGGUUAUGUGACAAUUCACUUGGAGACAACAACAUACAGAAACUGGGCCCUGAAGAAGUGUCUCUAGAUAUAGAAGCAGUUCGACGGGUGUAUCACAGGUUACUUGCUAAUGAAAAAAUAGAAGCUGCCUUUCUAAAUGCACUUGUGUACCUCUCUCCUAAUGUGGAAUGUGACUUAACUUAUCAUAAUGUUUAUUCACGAGAUCCCAACUAUCUUAAUUUGUUUCUAAUCGUCAUGGAGAAUGGUAAUCUCCAUAGUCCUGAAUACCUGGAAAUGGCUUUACCGUUAUUUUGCAAAGCAAUGAGCAAAUUGCCAUUAGCAGCACAAGCGAAGUUGAUCUGUCUCUGGUCAAAGUACAGUGCUGAACAGAUUCGUCGAAUGAUGGAAACAUUUCAGCAGCUCAUAACCUAUAAAGUCAUAAGUAAUGAGUUUAACAGUCGAAAUUUAGUCAACGAUGAUGAUGCUAUUGUUGCAGCAACAAAGUGCUUAAAAAUGGUUUACUAUUCAAAUGUUGUCGGGGGAGAGAUUGAAACCGACCAUAAUGAAGAGGAAGACGACGAACCUGUUCCUGAGUCCAGCGAACUAACUCUGCAGGAACUGCUAGGGGAAGAACGAAGGAACAAAAAAGGUCCUCGAGUUGAUCCCCUUGAAACCGAACUUGGCAUUAAAACGAUUGAUUGCAGGAAACCUCUCAUCCCUUUUGAGGAAUUUGUUAACGAACCACUAAAUGAUGUUCUAGAAAUGGACAAAGAUUAUACUUUCUUUAAAGUAGAGACUGAAAACAAAUUCUCUUUUAUGACUUGCCCCUUUAUCCUGAAUGCAGUUACAAAGAAUCUUGGUCUGUAUUAUGACAACAGAAUCCGCAUGUACAGUGAAAGGCGAAUAACUGUUCUGUAUAGUCUGGUGCAAGGACAACAACUUAACCCCUAUUUGAGGCUCAAAGUACGGCGAGAUUACAUCAUUGAUGAUGCUCUUGUUAGGCUUGAGAUGAUUGCCAUGGAAAAUCCUGCAGAUUUGAAGAAGCAAUUAUAUGUGGAAUUUGAGGGAGAACAAGGAGUAGACGAAGGAGGUGUUUCUAAAGAGUUCUUCCAAUUAGUCGUUGAAGAAAUUUUCAACCCUGAUAUUGGUAUGUUUACUUAUGAUGAGUCCACUAAACUCUUUUGGUUCAAUACAUCAUCUUUGGAGACAGAAGGACAGUUUACACUUAUUGGAAUUGUAUUGGGCCUUGCAAUUUACAACAAUUGCAUUCUAGAUGUGCAUUUUCCAAUGGUUGUAUAUAGAAAAUUACUGGGGAAAAAAGGAACCUUCCAAGACCUUGCCGAUUCUCAUCCGGUUCUUUAUCAGAGUUUAAAAGAAUUGUUGGAGUAUGAAGGCAGUGUUGAAGAUGAUAUGAUGAUGACGUUCCAGAUCUCUCAGACUGACCUCUUUGGAAAUCCGUUAAUGCACGACCUAAAGGAAAAUGGAGAUAAAAUCCCAAUUACAAAUGAGAACAGAAAGGAAUUUGUCAAUCUAUAUACAGACUUUAUUCUAAAUAAAUCAGCGGAAAAGCAGUUUAAAGCCUUCAGGAGGGGCUUUCACAUGGUUACCAAUGAGUCACCUUUAAAAUAUCUGUUUAGACCAGAGGAAAUUGAACUUCUUAUUUGUGGAAGUAGGAAUGUAGAUUUCCAAGCUCUGAAAGAUACUACAGAAUAUGACGGUGGUUAUACCAGAGAUUCAAAUAUUAUCAAAGAGUUUUGGGAAAUUGUAAAUUCUUUCACUGAGGAACAGAAAAGAUUGUUCUUGCAAUUUACAACAGGGACGGACAGAGCCCCUGUGGGUGGGCUAGGCAAAUUAAAGAUGAUUAUAGCCAAAAACGGCCCUGAUACAGACAGGUUACCAACAUCUCAUACUUGCUUUAAUGUCCUUUUGCUUCCGGAGUACUCAAGUAAAGCGAAACUGAAGGAGAGAUUGUUAAAGGCCAUCACUUAUGCAAAGGGGUUUGGUAUGCUCUAAAAAAACAAAAAAACAAAGGCAAGAGUGCUCAAAAAGAAAAAGGGAUAACAAUAAUUCAAACUGAUGUCUCUCUCCAAAACAAGGCCAUAAGAUAGCAAGCUACAAGUAAUCACAUCUAUUUGUGCCUCCCUUCUAUGCUGGGGACAAUGGGCUGGAACAGCAGAUUUCAGCUGCUUAUACGAACAAAGUCCUUUUAUUUUUCUUCUUUUCCUAGCGUGAAAGGGUUAUACGAUCUUUCACAUGUAUGUACAGAAAAUAUUUCCUGAAAUAUUUAUUUAAAGGGUUUAAAUCACUUUUUUGCUUGUGUUUAAAUAUUGCUUGAAGUUGAACCUAUUUGAGUAUGGAAAACAGGUACACUCAUGAGACGCUGCAUCAUUUUGCAGCCAGCCCAACUUUCAAGUAUAUAAUAUUUGCUAAUGUCCUUGCAUCUUCUCAAAUCAGGAACUGUACCUUUUGGGUUUUUGUUUGUUUUUUUACAGUUUGCUUAAAAAACUUGAACUCUUGGAAAAUGGAAAAAAAAAAAACCAUGUGAUACAAUUACUGCUGUUCUAGCCCCAAAGAUUUUGUGAGAAAAAGAAUAUUGUAGUUAAUAAAGUUGGGAGGGCGAACUUGGAAUGUUAAAACUGCAGCCUUGCAAUCUUUUUACUUUAGUCACAGCACAAACACACAAAAGAAUUAAAAAGAAAAAUCAUCAUUUCACUAUUGUCGUCUUCACGUCUUGUAAAGUACCUUGUUCUCUUAGGGAACCUGAUCUCUUGGUUGUGUGAAGGGGUAGAGUUUAGCGUUUUUAUUUUUCGGCAAGAGUUUAGUGGCAGAAAUACAUUUUUCAGCCAGAUUUUCUGUGGUAGAUGGUGGGUUGUCAGGAAACAAACGAUUGCUUGCUAUAUCCUCAACAAGGAGCUUGUGGAAGUGCACUUAAUGAAGAAUAUUUACUGCAAAUUGAGUUAACAUUUUAAAUAGACAAUCCAAAGUCUUCCCUACAUAUUAUGUCAAUAUACUUUGAUUUUAUGGGUUUUUUUUUGUUUUUUUUAACCACAUCCAAGGCACAUAAUCGGUGCUGCUGUGUAAUUAAUAAGGGUUGUUACUGCUUCUUUACAUUUAACUCCCAAUUAGAGAGGUAAAUAACAGACAAUUGUGUUCAAACUAACAUUCUCAUGCAUAAGCCAACAUUUCUUCUGGCCAUCUUAUUAAAUGAAAGGAAUACCGUUGCCUGUAUUUGAAGGGAUAGCGCUAAAAUGCAUGUUGCUACAUUUUCAGAGGAUACUGUAAAAUUUCCACAUCUCUAUUUCUCCUUUGUGUCUUGAUCUAUAGUAAGUCGAUAAAUCGUUCCUCAGGGUUAGGUUUGGGAACUGGGCAGCUGCUCAAUCUGAGACAAAGGUGGUCCUUUCACUAUAGCUAAUCCAUCUACUUAGCAUUAUGCUUUGCUGGGAAGAUACCCACAAAUUCACAUGGUGUUGGGGUGUCACAGACUGGUUUAAGAACCUUAUGCGGAUAUAGUAAUAAACGGUGCUAUGCUAUGAUUUCAACCUUUAAACACCAAUUGGCACAUUGCUGGGUAAAUGGGCAUUUGGUUGCUAUGGGUUAUUAGACCUGGCACAUUCUUCUUCAUCUUUUUAUUUAUUUUAUUUUUUUGCAUUAAUCAUUCAGAAUUUGUCCGGUUAAGGAAAGCAGUUUAACUUGCUUACACAACCACAUUCUCUUACUAUAAUACAACAAGUUUAAUGGGGUUGUUCACCUUUAUAGUAAUUUAAGUAUGUCCUAGAUACACCUAAUUAAAGCAGAUUCUUCAUAGUGUAUUUUGUAUUGUUUUGGAAUAAUUAUCUUUCCUAUUUUGCCUGUUUUACUCACCCUGUCGCCCAAAAGCAGAUUUCAUGAUCCGGCUUUAAAAAGUGAGAGGUUUUCUUCUAAUUGCUUCUCCCUCUUUUCCUAUUGAUCUUUUAUUCUAACUUCAAAAUUGCAGCCUAGUUUCUAAAUCUAAUGCCAAACAGGGCUAAUUCUUGUCCUUUGGAUAAUUGCAGCCUGAGAAUCAGCCCCUCCGCUGGCAUCAGCCUUAUCCUGUGACUGCACCCUGGAGCCACUUUAUCAGUUCCCCGGGAAAGGCACACAGCACAGAUUUUGGCAGCAAAAUCCAUACUCGCACAUUUCAGCCCUGAAAUUCAAAUUGUGUGCCUGCACCCAGGUUGCCUGCACCCAGAUUGAUGGUGUGGUUCCAGGUGCAGUCACAUGAGAAGAAUGAUACCAGAGAAGGGGCUGAUUUUGUCCUGAGUGGUCGAAAAAAAGGAUUUAAAAACUAAAUUGAAGACUAAAUUUAAGUUGAAGGUGAAGUAACCUUAUAAAGACCUUUUACAAAGGAAAAUGCACCCUCCAACAGAAAAACAAGAUUUCACAUUUACCAAAUUUUACCUAGAUAUGGAAACUUAUACUUAUAUAUCUCUGUAAAUGUUGAAAUAUUUAGCAUUUUAGUAAAAAUGCCCCUUUAAAUGUAUGGUAAAAGAUGCACACCAUUAAUAAAUGAUAUUCAAAUGUACUUGUUUACCUUUCCUCAACUUCUGCGUGUGUAAUGUUAACUUCUCAUUUUGCAGUAUAAAAUAAAGGAAUUAUUCAUUUUUAA